AUGCCUUACAACACGCGCCGCAAAUCGCUUUCCCUGCCCAGCCUGGGUAUUCACAUCCCCGUCACGCAUGCCUCGCGUGCUGCCUCAUCGAAGAAAGAACAUCCCAACAAGCGCCACAAGAGGUCCCAUGCCGCAGAGACCAUUGCUAUUGAGAAUACCCCGCCUCCGUCACCCAUUCGAGCCAUCAGCGAGGAGAUGACGGAUGCCGACGCAACAACACACAAGAUCGACAUUGAGAGCAUCAAAGACGACAUUGUCGAGGCUGUUGUUGUCCAGCUGCAGGAAACUGGCAACCGCCCUCAUCUGAUCAAGGAGCUGGCGACUGUCCUUACCCAGUCGCUUACAUCUGUACAACAAUCUGCGAACCCAUGCGCCAUUAUCUCGUCCCGCCUCGCUUCCUAUAUGAAGCGGACUUGCUGGUCUGCCUCGGCUCCCUGCCCGCUGGGUAAGGAGCUUGAGACUGUACACCCACGACGCACUUAUUAUUUCCUCACCACUCAGCCCAGGCAACCGCUCCCCGACUUCAACGCAAGUCUUCAGCAGGCUGCCUCUCUCACCCCUUCAGUCUCUCUUACCGAGGAUUCUGGCUCAGAAGACAUCGAGGCAAGACGACGGGAGCUGAGCCCCUCUCCCGAAGUGGACCUAUCGGCCACCGAGUUCGAUAACGCCGAUGACGACGUUGCGAUGCCCAUGACCCCCAUCGGAUCGUUCUCUUCCCAGCGAAGCAGACUUGUCCUCGGACCCCGUAACAACUCCCCUCCUCUCGAGAAGGAUGAGCGCGAGUUUACACAGACUGCAGACGGCCUGCAGAAGCGAAAGCUUAACGCCGAAGUCCCUCAGCCGGAAACUGUUGAGCGUCACAGUGUCGCCACGAUGGAUUAUUAUCGGGACGAUGCGUGGUUCGCCGACAGCCGUCCCAGCGCGGCCACCAUAUUUCUAGCUAGCCCCUCCAUCAAGCCGAGCAUAUCCGCUGGUCGGAAAGAAGAUGAUACCGAAGCUUGGUUAAGAUUAAACAAACUAUUCGAAUGGGGCAAGGGCGCCGAGAGCAUCGAGAUAGACGAACUCGAUUGCUUGCUAGACGCUUGCUGA